GAAUCCGCGUCUCAAACGAGCUGGCUGUCUUCAGUUUCGCGUGCUGCCUUCGCGCCGAAACACUUUGAAAUUGUGUGACCUUGCGGAGCCCGGAUUUUUGAAAAUUCGGGUGUGUGGUGGUGGUGGUGGUGUGACAAGUGCUGGAUACUCACACAAGGACCAAUCUAAGAUGAAGAAGUGGAAUGGCCUUGGCCUUAUCUGGAUAUGCAAUCGAUAACUCCACUGAGGAUGGUCACCAGAUGUCGCCAAUUGUGCCGAUGAUCGUCAAAGUGAUCGGCGAUGGUUCUUCGACGGAUGUCCCCGUAACACCUGACACCACCAGCUCCGAUGUCAUCGAAUGCUGUCGGGAUCCGGGCGACGAAUCGUGCGAUUUGAUCGCCGUUUGCCCGGAACAUGGAGAAUGCCCGCUCCGGGAGACGGACCACCCUCUGGAGAUCCUCCAGCGGUGGGGUUCCGGGCGCUUGGUUCUCCGCUACACCGUCCUCAGUACUUCCGGAGGGACUUACGAAAAGAGAAAUGGUAUGAAGGAGCCAGAUCACUUCGGUGAAACGUUACCGGACGGUGUGCAGUUGACAUUAAGCGAACUGCGCGAGAUGGCCUGCAGACAACAAGCGCAGAUCGACUCGCAGCACCAGCUGCUGGCCGCGAAAGAGCAAAGAUUGAGGUACCUGAAGGAGCAAGAGGCGCGUCAGCAGCGAGUUCAGGCCGAAAGCGAGCGCCUCCGGAGGCUGAGGGACCGCGUCGAUGCCCAAGAGCUCAAGCUGAGGAAACUCCGGGCGCUCCGGGGACAAGUGGACCACCAAAAACAAAACAAUAUAUCUCUCACAAGUGACCUUGACUCGAUUCGAGCCCUCUUCAACGAGAAGGAGAAGGAGUUGUCUUUGGCGGUGGCCAAGGUCGAGGAGUUGACCAGGCAGCUGGAGGAGCUGCGACGGGGGCGAACGGCCAGGGACCAGCCGCCGGCUUCUGCCCUUGAGCUGGACAAGCUGCGCCGGGAGCUUAUGUACCGCAACAAGCUAAAUGAGCAACAAAAUCAAAGACUAAACCAACAACGAGAAGCUCUGACUGCUCGGCAAGAGGAAAUGAGCGCUAUCGACAAGCGAAUUUCCGAAUUACAAGAGAGAUUACAUAAGAAACGCUUACUAAAUCAACAACUUGCCAAUCAGAUCAGUGCAGCUUCGCAUAAAGCGGCCUACCACCAGUUAGUUCGAUUGACAGGUGAACAAGCACGGAAGCCGGCAAACAACCAACCCCCCAAUGGCCUGUCCAGAGGGAACAUCGCCGCGGUGGAGCCCUACAACCACGUCCCGUUGCGCUCUGGCCAGAAGGAAACCCCCGCAUAUCAUCCCGUCUAUCAUAUCAAAAAAGAUGACCUGCAAACGCCCAGUCAAGAGGCGCAAGAUCUGGCCAAUAAGAUGGGCUACGAGAACGACGCUCUCAAAGAGUUUACGGUCUCGAAAUCGGACCCCAAAUAUCAAACUUUGCCAUACAAUACUAAGUUUACUGUUAAUUUAUUACCGAAUAGGAUAGUGAGAAACGAGAAUUUAGACAAUACGGAUAAUAAAGAUAACGAACACAUAUCAAACUUGACACAUAUGACGGUCCACAGCGCCCCUUUGACCAUGGUCAACAAGAACAUCGCAACACCACUCAACCAAAACGAUUUGGUCAAGAGGCAAAGCAAUGAAGUGAGCAAUGGUACCACCGUUCCUAAUGGAGUCGCCUACCAGAAGCCGAUCAGCAGCGUAGCCCCAACUUCGGUCCACCACUCCGGCAUCCUCUCCAACAUUUAUCAAACAUCGUCUAUCAAAGUCCAGCCAGUGGAGCCCCAAACCAUCACAAGUACCAAACAAGUGCAAUCUCCACUAGUACUAUCUCCGCCCCAAUCAACCAGCACUCCCUUAAACAACACCCCGGAAGUGUCUUUAGACAAGAGCCCGAAACCGGCAUUGCCCCCCAAACCGGCAAUAAAACCACCUCCACGCCAAACCCAAUCUUUGAACGAACCCGAACCGCCCCCACUGCCCCAAACCGAGCCUCCGGACGACUCUUGCCCCAAACCACCAAACCAAACCGAGAUGGUUAUCAAAGCGAAACCACUAACCAUCAAGAAACAACAACUGAGCGAGCUGCCAAAACUGCGAAACAACACGAAAGCCAAACGACCCGAGCCGCAAACUUUCCAUUUUCCCGAAGAGAAAAGCGACGAUGAUUGUGGGAGCAAGCCGGUGGACGAACCCGACCGGGUUGAGGAAGAAAUCGAGGAGAAUGGGGUGAUCAGACGGUGCAAGAAGGGUAAUUUAAAGUCGGGGAAGUCGAAUCUAGCGAGGAGAGUCAGUUUUGAUCCUUUGGCCCUUUUGCUGGAUGCUAGCCUUGAAGGCGAGCUGGAAUUGGUGAAGAAGACGGCGACUCAAGUGACGAAUCCUAGUGCAGCGAACGAUGAAGGCAUCACAGCGUUGCAUAAUGCCAUCUGUGCUGGGCAUUUCGAGAUCGUUAAGUAUUUAGUUGAGUUCGGGUGUGAUGUUAACGCACAGGAUAGUGACGGGUGGACACCGUUGCAUUGUGCGGCGAGUUGCAAUAACGUGGCUAUGGUGAAGUUUCUGGUCGAACAUGGGGCUUGCAUUUUUGCCACGACGCUGAGCGACCAUGAAACCGCAGCGGAGAAGUGCGAAGAGGACGAGGAGGGUUUCGAUGGCUGCUCGGAGUAUUUGUACAGUGUGCAAGAAAAAUUGGGGAUUUUGUCAGGAGGGGUGGUGUACGCAGUGUUCGACUACACGGCUCAGCAACCCGACGAGUUGAGUUUCAAAGCCGGACAGCAACUCACCGUUUUGCGAAAAGGGGAUGAGAAUGAGAGGGAAUGGUGGUGGUCGAAAUUAGGUGAUAAGGAGGGAUAUGUUCCUAGAAAUCUUCUUGGGCUUUAUCCAAGGGUCAAUCGAAGUGAAGAAUAGUAUUAUACAUUUUUGUAUAAUGGAUAUUUAAGUACCUUUGCCUUUUGCUAUACUAUGUAAUUGUAUAAAUAAACACAAAAUGGGAAUAAAAAGGACAAGUUUAAUACCUUUGCUCAAUAUAAUCUGUAUAUUGUGACAGUUUUAAGGUUUUUCUGUUUGUUAAGUUUGUUUAUAACAAGUUUAUUCGAUUAGGUAUUAUUGUUUUUAUUGCUUUUGAAGUAAUAAGCGUUUUAAUAUAUUUUUGACAUAUGUAAAUAUAUAAAUAUGGAAAAUAAUUAUUUACAAUAAAACAUAUUGACUAUAAA